AUGGUCGCUCCCGGAAUCUCGGAGCACACAGAUUACGUGUUUUUCUGGUUAUCCAAGUGUUUUGAGACCGGCGAUCUUGCCGAUGUGGAGAUCUCGGUUGAGUCCUGCCACUUCCCGCGCGUAAAAGGCACCUUCAAGGCCCACAAGAUGAUCCUGGCUGCACAGAACGACGUGUUCAGGGCGAUGUUUUACGGCGACUUCGCCAAAGAGGACCGCAUAGUCAUCACCGACUUGCAUCCAGAAGGCGUCCAUAGCCUCUUGCGGUACUUCUACAGCGGACGCCUUGAAGUAAAAACCGUACAUGAGGCCGCCUGUACCCGUACCGCUGCUCACAAGUACUUGGUCCCACAGCUCGAGGAGGAAUGCCUCAAAUUUAUGAAUUGCGGUAUGACCCCCGAUGACGUGUGUCCUUUCCUCGACUAUGUUCUGACCGUCAGUGAAGAAGCCCUGGCAACCCACGCAACAAUAGUGAUCGUCAGGGACAGCCUCAAAGUUCUCUCGUCCACGACGUUUAAGUCUUCCACCGAAGCUACCGUCAAAUAUGUCCUUAAACACGUUACUAAUGUAUCAGAGGCAUUGGUACUACAAGCCGCGUAUGCCUGGGGGCGGCAUUGCUUGACGCUUAUGAAGAAAGCACGCGCACCUAAGCGUGGUAGACUUGGCGACCACGAGAAGGGCAAGCUUCGAACCAUACUUGAGCCGCUGUUCCCCCAGCUGCGGUUCCUUGCACUAACUCCGAAAGAGUUCACUGAUGACCCCAAUAGGUGGGGAAUCUUGACAGAUGCGGAAGCACGUGCCAUAUUAAGCAACAUUGUGGCAGAAGGUUCGAUGCCCAUGCCAGCGGGAUUCUGCAAGAUUCGGCAGGCUCGAGCUUAG